UCCUAAAUGAGAAAGGCUGAAUAAAAGUGAGUCCUAAUUUUUAUGAGAUUAGAUUACACAAACCGUCAGACUAGACACAAUGAAAAAUUUAGCUUAACUUCAAGUACAACCUUUAAGGCUAUUGAUUUUGUUUAAAUGGAAUAUUUGCAGUUAACUUUGUAUUUUGUUACUUCCUCUUUUUUGUGAUGUAAGCUUAAUGCAGUUUCUUAUUAUUAACCCUUCACUCUCCACUUCACUGGAUUCUUCUUUUUUAUUUUUGGAUUAUUGCACUUUUUUUUUAUUUGUUAUGGGGAUUAUAUUUGGUAACCUAGCUCCAUGAAAGGACUGGAGUUGACCUCAAGAAAAAUGAGCACGUCAACAUAUAUGGCUGAUGAAGACGAAUCAGGAAGAUCCAGCAAAGCAGGAACUGUGGAGAGUAUGAGAAACCAGUUGAAAGCAGAGGGAGAGAAAAUAAACGAAUUUGAAAAUAACUACAUGAAGGAAGCUCUGCUCGCUAGCCGAAGGUCAAAACCCAAACUUGCUUCCGCUCAGGCUGUUCUCUCAUCCAGACUAGAACCAGAGACUAUUCAAAAGGAACCGUUUGUGACCGCAUCAGGAAAUCCCAAGGCCUGGGAACAUGACAGCGUGCCGAUAAAACAUAAAAAUACAAAAAACAUUGCUGAUGAAGUGUCCAGAAAGAAUAUGUGGAGAGCCGGCCAGAGGGAAAGAUGGAGAGGGAAGAGGAGAGAGAGGCUGGAAGGUAGAGUAGAAUACAUAGAAGAGGAGGACAACACUACUGAGAAAGAAAUGAACCAAGGAAUUAGAUUGAGACACAUACAAAGGCAAUGGAGAUCUAAAGAGGCGCAAGAUGAAGAGACAGAAAAGGAUGUGACAGGGCUGAGAGGGGCCGUGCAAGGAAAUAUCAACAUGGAUGCAGAUAUGAGAGGAACAGUCCCUCACCGCAUAUUCUCAAAGGUUUUUGCCAGCUCUUUCGCAUCGUCGUCCUCAUCAUCAUCAUCAUCCUUCAACUAUUCCUCAGCGGAAAGUGAUGAGGUCUUCAGUGAGGGAGAGGAGAUGGCGAGGAGGAAAGAUAUGAGAAAGUGUCGAUCCUGGAGGACGUUCUUGACUAUGAUGCAGUGGUCAAAGCGCAGGCAGAGUUCAUGGGUACAGCUGGCUGGACACCAAGGAAACAUCCAGCUGGGUGAAGGUGGGGAGGUGCUGAAGAGAUUCAACGAGGUGGAGGAUACCUGCCUGCAGGCACUCAUGUCUGAUCCACUCCAUCAGUUUGUGCCUCGCUAUUACGGGCACAUCAGCAGGGACGGAGAGGACUACAUCCGUCUCGAGGACCUGCUGAGUGGCCUCAAGCAGCCUGUCAUCAUGGACUGCAAAAUGGGCAUUCGCACCUACCAAGAGGAGGAGAUUAUGAAAGCAAGAACCAAAGCUAGCAUCCGAACUGAUAUGUACCAGAAGAUGGUGAAAGUAGAUCCUACAGCUCCUACAGAAGAGGAACAUGCACAGAGAGGGGUGACAAAGCUGCGCUACAUGCAAUGGAGAGACAGCACAAGUAGUACCUCAACGCUUGGAUUCCGUAUCGAAGGCAUAAUGACAGAGAAUGGGAUUGUACGUCGGGAUUUUAAUAAAACUCAGAGCAAAGAACAAGUUACAGAGACCCUGCUAUUGUUUACCAAGAAGCAGAUGCACAUUCUAGAAGCCUACCUGACCAGACUGGAUGCGCUGAAAGAGACAUUACAGCAGUCUGCCUUUUUUAGAAAUCAUGAGGUAAUAGGUGGCUCUCUCCUUUUUGUCCACGACGGCCCUACCAACAAAGCCAACAUAUGGAUGAUUGAUUUCGGAAAGACCACUCCAUUGCCCAGUAACGUGCAUCUGAAACAUGACAUUCCAUGGGUUGAGGGAAACCGGGAAGAUGGCUACCUAUUUGGACUUACAUCCCUCAUCUCUUUAAUGCAUAUUGCUAUAAGAGAAGUUAGGAAACAAGACCUGGAGAGCCACCACUCACAAACAGAACACAUAGUGUCAGAACAUAAUCAACACCAGCCUGAGAUAAAUGAUGUAUCAUCAGACUAUUCAAAGGAAACUACAGCUACCAACCAUGUGGACUGAUGCUGGACAGAGUCACUGUAUAUAUAGAGAUGUGUGUGUAUGUGUAUGUGUGUUUGUGUGUGUGUGUUUAAUCAAAAAGAGUUUCUUAUGUUUAUUACAGUUUUAUCAUUGCAAUAGCCACAGACCAAGCACAACAACACAGAUUAGCAACUAAGGAAAUCUAAAUCUUUGUGGAACUGGUUGUUCUCAGAUCCUAUCAGGAUUGUAAAUAAAAAAACA